GCGCCUUCUGAUUCCUAGUCUAGUGCUUUUCAAAACCCCACUUCCCUUUUUUUCCAUUUCCUUCCUUCCCCUCAAAACCCUAGUCUUGGUGCAGCCGGAGCAAGCAGCGUCCAUGGAAGAAGACGGCAUAGACAUGGUUCUGGGCAGAGCCACGGAGCUCCGAUUGAAGAUCAGCAACUGCAUUCACAAGGCAACAACCACCUCCUCCCUCCGACAACACCCUUCUGCCGGAACGGCAAAUGGGGCCGUCAACGACGGCGGUUCCGGCUCCCAAACUCCGGUCGGCGAUACGGAGGACGAUGAAGAAGUGGAACGACUUUUGAAUAUCUGCGAUGCCCUUGAGUCCUUGGAGACCCAACUCUCCUCACUGCAGGAUUUGCAACAACAACAACGAUAUGAACGGGAAGCUGCCCUCUGUGAGAUUGAACAGAGCCGCAAGAUGCUACUGGGCAAGCUCAAGGAGUACAAAGGAGAGCAUUUAGAAGUGAUAAAUGAAGCUUCUGCCUUUGCUGGGGAGGCAGUAAAGAACAACCAUGACCUCAUGCUUCCUCCAUAUCCAAGUCGUCCUCCAUAUCCUCUUCACUUAGACAAUGAACAUUUAUCUCCAUUCAUGUCUGCUCGCAAAUCUGCCCGCAAUGGGGUAACCUUGAGCUACAUGACAAAGGAUGCUAAAAGGGAGUCAAGUGAGUUGUUACCUACCAGCCAACAAGCAAGCACGAGAAAGUCGAGGAGUGGAUUGGGUUCACUCAUAGCUGCAGCAGCCAAGGCAGUGUUUACCAUUGUUGGUGUUGUGUCUAUAUUGAGCAUGUCCGGUUUCGGGCCACAGAUCGUAGCAAAGAGAGCUACCCGUUUGAAGAUAUCCAGUGCAUACGAACAGCCAUCAACUGAAGAAGAGAGACCGAGAGCUGAAUGCCCGCCAGGGAAAAUCUUGGUUGUUGAAGACGGGGAGGUUAGGUGUUUGGUGAAAGAGAGAGUCGAAGUUCCAUUUUCUUCUGCUGUGGCAAAACCAGAUGUGAACUAUGGAUGGGAUUACCUUGAGGAUUCCGUUGAAAUAUUCAUGGACGAUUUUAUAGUUUAUGGAAGGACGUACGAAGUGUGUUUUGAGAAUCUGGAGAAAAUCCUAAAGGUUUCCAAGUUUGGCCUACAAGUUGAUAGAGCAAAAAUUGAAGGCAUUGAAAAGCUACCGCCUCCUACAAUUAUGAAGACCUUGAGAAGUUUUCUAGGACAUGUUGGGUUCUAUCGAAGAUUUGUCAAGGAUUUCUCAAAAACUGCCAGACCACUGAACAUGCUGCUUGAGGUUGAGAGACCUUUCGACUUCGAUGCCAAUUGCCUGAACGCAUUCGAGAAAUUAAAGAGUGUGUUAGUUUCAGCUCUAGUUCUAAUCUCGCAUGAUUGGACAAAACCAUUUGAGCUUAUGUGCGAGAUCGAUGAGUACUUGCCUUGGUACGCGAACAUUGUCAUUCACACAGAUCAUUCUGCCAUCAAAUACUUGAUGACAAAGAAGGAUGCAAAGUUCAAGACUGAUCAGAUGGGUCAUACUGCUUUAGGAUGCAUAAAUAGGAUCUUCCAAUAUGAAUUUACUCAAAAGAAAAACACAGACAUGGGAACAUGUGGAGAAGGAAAAGUUUUCACUGAAGAGCAAGAGGCUCUUGUAAUCAAGUCAUGGACUGUCAUGAAAAAGAAUGCUGCUGAUUUGGCUUUCAAAUUCUUCCUCAAGAUAUUUGAAAUUGCACCCUCUGCUCAAAAGAUGUUUCCCUUUUUGAGAGACUCGAAAGUUCCGUUAGAGCAAAACCCAAAGUUGAAGCCUCAUGCUUUGAAUGUUUUCACUCUGACUUGUGAGUCAGCCGUUCAACUUCGAAAAGGUGGCAUAGCAGCCGCAAAAGAAACCACCAUAAAAAGGCUAGGGGCCACUCACCUCAAGUAUGGUGUUCUCGACGAACAUUUUGAGGUGACAAAGUUUGCUCUUUUGGAGACGAUAAAGGAAGGAAUUCCAGAAAUGUGGAGUGUGGAGAUGAAAGGGGCAUGGGCUGAAGCUUAUGAUCAGUUGGUUUCUGCCAUUAAAGCUGAGAUGAAACCUUCUACUUAAACCUCUUUCUGUCAAUUCACUUCGACGGCGUCGUUUUAUAUGCUUAAUUUUCAUACUGCCUAAAUAAAUGCAUUUGUUCAUGAACACAAGUCUUGUUUUUUAAAUUCAAAAGCUUCAUUGUUGGAUUUAAUUUGAGUUAUUAUUAUUGUAUUGUAUAAA